AUGCUGACACCAUGUCAGAAGGCCAUGAGGCUUCAGUGCUGUCAGGAGAACUUGGAGAUGCUCUGUGAAGACCAAAUGAAAAGGAUGAACGCAUCUGAGGAGCCUUUGUCAGAGUUUGUACUGCUCUGUGUGAUUGAUUCUGGCCAGAAGAUCUUUAUAAUUCCUGCUCUUUUUUGCAUCUAUUUGACUUCUGUGUCUAGCAACCUGCUAGUUAUUCUAGUAAUAAUACAAAACCAUCAGCUUCAGACACCUAUGUUUCUUUUAAUUGCAAAUCUUGCAGUAUUAGAUUUACUGAACAGUACAAACAUGAUUCCUCGCAUGCUGGUGGCCCUCAUCUUGGGUUCACAUGCUGUCCCAUAUGGGCCUUGUGUGCUGCAAAUCCACGUCGAAGCUCACAUAUUGAUAGUGGGAACAUUUGUUUUAUCGUUUAUGGCAAUUGACCGUUAUGUUGCUGUAGUUUACCCACUUAGAUACCCUUCUGUAGUCACAAAUAAAACAGUCUUAGUCAGCCUCAUGCAUACCAAUAUAUGUGCUGUUGUACUUAUUCUACCGUUCCCAGUGUUCUUGGCAGAGCUUCCAUUUUGUAAUGGUAAUGUCCUGCCUUCUUGCUACUGCGAUUAUACUACAAUGGUCCAAAUGGCUUGCAGAAGAGAUCCAAAGUUUCUAACUUAUUUGUUGGUAAUAACAUUAAUUUUUGUUAUUGGUCCUUUGCUACUGAUCUUGUUUUCCUACCUUCGAAUCACACUGGCAGCACUGCAAAUAUCUUCCAUUGACGGAAGGAAAAAGGUGUUCAGCACCUGUUCGACUCAUCUGUUGGUGGUAGCUAUUGUUUAUUUACCGCUUCUUCUGUCGUACGUGUUACCAGGAGCUGGAUUUGUUUUGUCAAGGGAGGCCUACAACAGUCUGGUGAUAGUUAGUACUACUGUCCCUUCUGCAUUACAUCCUAUUAUUUAUAGCUUUCGUAACAAGGAGAUUAAAACAAGCAUUUACAAGAUUUUUAGGCGGAAUAAAACCAUACCAGCAUUUUAA